ACAGGCUGCAAGCUGGACACGGUUUUCUCAGAUUUAGAUCCUCAGCUGUGAUUACUUUGAGACAUGUCCAUAACACCCAUUGACUGCCGAGGAUCAACAGGAGAGAGGAUCGACAGUCAAACGAGUCAAGUCCCAUUGAAUGACAACUUUACCAAGAGGAUAACCACAAGCAGUGCACGCUUUGGUGCCUUGAGUCAUCACACCUUCUUCUCCCGACACAACCCACAUCCACACAGGGUGAGGCAUAUUCAAGGACUCAAUGGUCGGCCUGUUUGCACAGUGCGAGAUGAUUGGUACGUUACAAGUUCUCUAUACCCCCAUCCACUUCUAAAGAGCCACGUCCUCAGAAAAACAACCAAUCCAUUAGCCUCCCUUCUGUCCUCAAAAAGUCUAAAUGGAAUCAGUGGUAAUGAAAAGAAAUCAGCGUUAUUUUCAGAGGCCUGGAGAGAUGAACUCAAAGAUCUUGCUGCAAAGGUCACUUUGUCCUCUCAAGCGCAAAAGGACAAAAAAGUGGACCAACCAGAGGAAGAAUUAGUCCGCAGAAAGACCCAGUAUUCAGCUGAAACUGGGAGAAUAAUUCCACCAUCUUCAAAGUCCUACCAACACAGAUCAUAUUCCCAGCGCUUGGUGUAUCCACAGCCCCUCCAUGAUCAAGAGCUCAUGGUGCUGGAGCUGCUUUGUCAGAUCCUGCAAACAGAUUCUUUGUCCACGGUGCAGCAGUGGCUUCUGCUUGCAGGCCAAAGAGAGAAGGACCUGGUGAUGGGGAUGAUCACACAGGCUCUGGAUGGGGUUGACUUCUCAGGUCGUCCACAGCACUGUUUUCUCCCACUCGUUUAUGGGCCACAAUUUGACCAGUCGUGGAGGAAGCCACAGAGAACCAGCUCUUACAAAGAGAGGCAAACUUCCAGUGAUGAAAAACCAGAGAGGAUUGGAGAUGCAGAGGUCCUUGAAGUCAACCCCAGCAGCUCCAUUUCAUCCUUGAGAUGAGCACAAAGAGAGUGAAGAGUUCCUGAUUUUACCUUCCAGGAGAUUUGAUAUCAAAGGGUCUCUUCUCAGCAUUUUGCUUUGUAGAUUUUUUUCAGAAAUACAAGUCGAUGUGAUUAGAAAGGAGCAACUCUCAAAACUGAAUCUGCUCUUAAAUUAUAUAACAUACCGUAGCAACAAUAGUGAUAGUGUCACAAACUACACGUGGCGUGGUUUUUCAUGACUGGAUAUCGCUUGUUUAAUGGAUUCUAAUUGAGAAUUAAAAGCUGAACAUGUA